GGCGCUGAACCCUCUUGCACAUGCACGAACUAUCCGGUCUGUGGGCAUGGCAAAUACCUAGGCAUAAAAUAUGGCCAUUGCUAUAUCCUUUCCUUCUCCGAUGGCGAGCAGCUCGGCAUCGACCGCGACCACACCGACUACAAGAAGAACGGCUUCUUCGUCGAUAUCCCAUUCAAAGUCUGUAAUUCGACCACCGAUUGCUCGCGUGGAAAGGAGGUUGAGAUGGGCCAGUCCUUCUCCCUCCAAGAUCAGCAUGGAUUGUACAGAGACACGCAGUCGACGAAAGGGUGGAUCAAUGACGCCUCUGGUGGCGCUCAUAUGGAAUUCACCACCGAUGCCAACCAUGCCGGUAAAUUUACGGGAAUCCCUACUUGUGCCGGGGGUGAGUGUGCUAUUCAAAUGUACGGCGGUCCCUCUGGCGGUGCAUUGGCAUAUGCUUGCCCAAUGCCCCAGCCCGGACUGACAUUUGUA